AGAGACAUAAUGAGUUUUAGUGGAUGGAAGAAAUAUAUUGAAGAUGGAGAUCUCGUUAUUUUUUAUAUCAACCGCGAUAACCUUAGUCCUGUUUGGAUAAAGAAAGGCAAGGAUUCACAUAAUCGUUUUGGUCUUUUCAAACAUGACGAUUUGAUUGGAAAAGAAUUUGGAUCUAGGGUGGUAUCUUCCAAUUACAAAGGGUUUAUCUAUUUAUUACAUCCUACACCUGAAUUAUGGACUUUGGUAGUACCUCAUAGAACACAAAUUCUAUAUCUGCCAGAUAUUUCGUUUAUUACUACUUAUCUUGAUAUGAAACCUGGCGCUCGUGUGAUUGAAAGUGGUACUGGUAGUGGGUCUUUCUCUCACUCUAUUGCAAGAACCAUCGCUCCUACUGGCAAAUUAUACUCUUUUGAAUAUCAUAGUGAACGUGCUGAAUUGGCAGCUGAAGAAUUCCGUAAUCAUGGUAUAAGUGAUCUUAUUGAACUACAACAUCGGGAUGUAUGUCGUGAUGGAUUUGGAUUAAAAGAUACUGUCAAUGCAGUAUUUCUUGAUUUACCUGCUCCUUGGGAAGCUAUUGGAUCCGCCAAGGAAGCAUUCAAACAACAUCGUACUGGCAAGAUUUGUACAUUUAGUCCUUGUAUUGAACAAGUGGCUCGAUCAGUAUUGGCUCUCAAUGAUCAUGGUUUUGUUGAAAUCACCAUGUUUGAAUGUCUGAUUCGGGAUCAUGAAGUUUCCAUUAUUCAAAAGGUAUCAUUUGAAGAAGGUAUUCGUCAAGCCAAAGAAAGGAAAGAAAAUACAACCAAUGGAAAACGAAAAGCAGAUACUGAACUGGAUUUAGAAGAUACUGUGGAUAAAAUGUUGGCAUCAAAGACAACUGUUGAAUCUCGUGGACAUACAAGUUACCUUACCUUUGCUACCUUUUUACCUGCUAUUCAAGAAAACACCUUGACGGAUUCAGAAUUGAUUGUGACGGAAGAAUCUACCUCAUAGAAUUUAUUGUACCUUUUUUUUUUAAUUAUCAAUAUAUUUACUACCCAUUACAUUGCUC